GUGAAGUGAAUCUUUUGGCGGGGUGGGAAAUGCCCGAAAGCAAAAGACCGGAACGCGCCGGAAGUAGCCGUCGUGUGCAAGCUAUCGUCUCGGCUGCGCUUAUCGAAAGCUUGCUUGUCGUUCAACUACUCGGCGCGCUCCGCCUGGCUGUUACUCUACUGAUCGUGGACGCGGAUUCGAAGACGCGGCAAGGAGGGAGCGGCUAGCAGACUGCCAAAGUGGUAGCUAUCGUCGUCACAGCCGCCAUAGCCGUAGUUGGACGCGUGUACCAAUCGCAGGCACUCUGAACGGUAACGAAUGCGCUCAAAGUUUUACUUAGUUUUUCGAGCAAAAUGCGUAGUUCAGGCAUGCGGAGGACCUCAGCGAGGAUAAGCGUGGAUAGCGAGGACCGAAGCGUGUAUAGGGAGGAGGGAUCUAAGCGUUGUACAAUUCUGUGCAUGUGGACAAGCGUGAAUGGGCGAGGAGAUCUGAAGUGGCGGUUCAAGCUGAAUACGCUUCUUCCUGGUGAUGCAAUCAGGAGUGCACAUGGUGGAGGAAGGAAGCAAUGCUUGUGGGAGAUCCAGUUUUUUGCUCCUAUGGCUUUGUGGCAGAGGCAGAGGGGACUCGGGAAAUGAGUUUGUGAUGGUGGUGAUGGAGGCAGUUUUGCCAGGGGGGGAGAUGAGUUAUUGCCCUUCACUUCGAAAGAUGGGGUCUCUUCUGUGAUGAUGACGAGCAACAGGGAAAUGAUCUUUUAUAGUUUCGUCCAAUGACAGCCACUAGGUGUCGUGGGAAGAUGAUGGUGGUCUUCUGGGGGCUUCUGCAUGACGUGGAAGAUGAAGAAAGGGUCAGCCCCAUGGGAAACACUGUGGAUUGUUGCACCGGUAUGGACUACGGGGCAGAGGGGGAUGAAUCGUAUGGUUGCAGGGCAAAGAGUGCAGCAGUAUGUUUCUGGUGGAUUGCUGGAGCGGUUUGGACUAUGGGAUAGAGGUGGAGAAGUUGGAUGGUUUGUGUGGCAAGGGGAUCAGCAGUAUCUGUCCUUCUCGGAUGCUCUGGCUGUGAACAGCGUUCACAUCUUUCUCUGAUUCCAUUAUCGUUUUCAGUGAAUGAUCCUGAUGACUUUCAUGGUCAGCACCUUCCUUUUCCGCACAGCGAACACGGAGUUUUGUUGUGGUGUGACAUUUGUCCAUGCAGUGUUGUUGUCUAUGUUGGCUCGUUUUCGGAAGGGGAGAUGGAACAGUGAAAAGCUGCUUCGUGUGAUGGUGCUGAGUGUCACCCAUUCUCGGCCGCCGUGGGGCUUCCCUGUAUCUCACUUGCUUCUCUGCCGGUGCUGUUGCAUGUUAGAAACCUCCCUUCAUUUCAUGCUUAGUGUGCCUUCGUGGUGCAAACAGGCCCCACCUGAUGCACUCCUCGUUCUCGUAAUUUGUCCGUACGAACGUCUGUACUGCCACGGAACGUGCAAGAUGCUGACAUUCUUAUUUCUUUGCAUGUAUGUAGCACCUAUCACCAUUUGUAUCUUUACUCAACCGGGCAACUGUUACGGGGGCCAUUAACUGACCGUUGUUCCCUUCUUUGCAUGUAUGUACGUACCACAAGUUGCUUCUGGUAUCUGAACUUCCGGAGGUGUGGUUUGGUAUUUCUAUAUCCGUGCGUUUGCUAGCCAAUCAGUUAGUUCAGCUCCUUUUUGGUCAAGCUCGGGGAUGAGAGAGGGGUGCUUUGGAUGGGACGUCAUCCCUUUUUCCUGCUUCUAUGCCAUGAUGGAAAGAACUUCCUGUUUAAGACCCUAUCUGACGUGGUAAUCAGUGUCCCUUCCCCCCCCCCCCCCCCCCCCCCUUCUGCGCCCCCUUCCCUGCGGCUCGCCCUCGAUUGAUCAAUAUUCUGUUCACAUGUUUUCAUGAGAUAUAUGUGCAAUCAAGGAACCUGGCAUGU